AUGUCAGAUGAUUUCCGGCAUUGCAUAAGACAAUUCAAAUGGAAAGUGCAGCUUGGUCAUCCGGAUUUAAGUUAUGCUGGCAAAAGACGAGAAAAUAAACCAAUUUUUGCCCUGGAAAUUCCGUAUCCCUUACUAAAAGAAUGGGACAGACUACUUUACAGCGGUGGUCUUGAUGGAAAGACUGUCGAUAGUCAGAUUGCUCUUGAUUAUAUCGCUCUUCUUGAACUAUCUAUACCUGGUUCAAUCUUCGUGUUUACUGAUGAUCAAGAAAUAAGAAGCCAAAUAAACGACAAUUUAUGGAAAAUUUCUGCAUCAGUUGCUCAGUUAUACAAGAAAACAAAAGGAAGGAAGCGUAAAGAACUGGAUUCCAGAGUCAGGAAAUUUCAUGUGUUCUCAGGUCAAACAAAGUCACAAGAAGAGUAUCAAAAGGAAAUUAAUCAACUCAAAAGUGAGUCAGAAGAAUGGAGAAGUAAGUAUCAAAAUCUUGAAGAUGAAAAGCAAAAUUUGUACAAUGAAAUGCUAGAAGUCAUAAAUCAAAGAGAGAGAGAGUGAUUAAUCACUUACAAAAUGAAAACCAACAAUUAUUGAAUUACAUAGCUGAUAUAGAAAAAGUAGCUCAGAUUCAGUGUCAGUACAAGGGAAAGCAUCUCUCGUCAAGUCAGAACAAGGGCAGGAUCUUGAAAACAUUUAUAUCAAGAGCUGAAUCUGCCCUCUGGUUCAGUAAGCAUUUUGGUUUGGAUGUUGAGAGCAUACUGGUAAAGGAAUCAGAUACAGGUAAAAAACAUACAGUUAUUUUGGAAGCUGGCACUAAAGAAACCCAAGACCCAACUGCUAAUUCUGAGCCUGGUGAGAAGAACAACCGAUAUAAUAUGACCGAACAACAAAAAACACAGAUUGAAGAAAUCCUGUUUGUUCUCGAUAAAUUUUGUGUCGGUGAUGCAUUUUACCAUGAAUUCACCAUGAUCACAAAUGGCUUGCCAAAGUCCUAUCUUAUACAACAAUGUAGAAAUGACCUGAACAAGCUCUGCCGUAUUGAUCCUCUCCCAGGAAAACUUCCUGGGUCUAAAGUUCAUUCUCUCAGAGAUGUAAUAAAGGAUCAUAUUCUUGAUUAUAUCAAAGAAAAUCCUACUUUUGAUCCAGCCAAAGAAAACAUUCAAAUCAAGAUAAGUGGUGACGGGGCGACAAUGACCCGAAAUGCAAGCUUUAUAUUGCUUUCAUUCUCCAUCUUACAAACUGGUCAAGAAGUAAUGUCAGCAGAAGGGAAUUGA